AUUAAACGAUUCAAAAUGAAGUUCUCCUGGCCUCUGGUCUGUGUGCUCAUUUUGUCCUGCGUUUGCUUCGGAGGUUCAUAUGAGGAGCUGUCUGUGUUUCAGAGCCCAUUGAAUAUCACUGUGAAUGAAGGAGAACCUAUUCAAAUCAGCUGCUGCUGGAAUAAAACAAAAGAAGAAAACAAAACAUUUAAAGUAUUUUGGUAUAAACAUAAUGAAAAAAUACCAGAAGAAAAGCGGCUAUAUCAAACGCCCUCAAAUAAAAACUGCUCCUUUCUGAAAAUCACAAAUACAGUUCAAAAUGACACCGGAGAUUAUGUUUGUAAAGCUUUUCACGACAUACCAAUUCUGGAGGAAUAUGAGGGACAAAAAACAUACCUGAAUGUCAUUAAAGGUGAACACAGUACUGAGGCAACAACUCAAAGCAAUGCUAGUACAUCUGCCCAAAGCACUCAAACCAAUGGGACUAGCGGCCCCCUUUCACAUUCACCUCCCAUCCUGCCUCUAUCUCUGGCUGCUGCCAUCGGCCUGCUGACCCUCUGCUUGGCCUUCAGUGUGUGCAAGAUGAGAAACUCCUGCAAAAAAUCAGAGCGAGUGGUUAUUCACCAGACGCCACACAGUGAGGGUGAGGAGCAUGAGAACAUGGAAGAAGAAGGUAGCACAGGCUCCUCUCGAGGAUCCCUCCAGUGGUAUCAAGUGCCUGUUUACUGGUCUUACUUUGAUCUACAGAGGGGUGAAGACCAAUGACAACCAGAAAAGAAAGAUGAACGCUAUAUAGCCUACUCUUUUCUGCAUUGCAUUUUGCAUUCUCUCUCUUCUUUCAUGAGAACAUCUUUGUAAACAGCAGUAAUUGUAAACAAAAGUAAUUUUAAUCUUCAGAUUCAGUUCAAACUCAUUGAGCUCUUGAUGGUUGUAACAGAUAUGAAUCCCUCUCUUUGUAGCUGCUCUGUUGAUAGUUUUAUACUUAUUUUAAUUUUGUUAGAUUUUUUAUAUGAGUCUUUUUAAAUUAAAGUGUGUCAUACAGACAUGCAUGGUAAACUACUUGGAUGUCAUGCCCUGACAGAUGCAAUUCAGCCAUGUACAAAAGUACCACACUCUGCCUGUCCUAAAGUUUUCUCUGUGUCUAACUCUGAAAAGUUUUAUAGUAAAGACUUUUGUACUGUACAGAUGUCGGAUGUGCCUUUCAGCCUUCUUAGAAAUGUUUCUCAGACUUCAUUCUGACACUUUCAUAGUGUGGUUUCAUUUGCCAUUUACAAUAAAAGCCUGUG